AAAGACCUGGACGAGUACGUCAAGUACCGGUAUCUUAUCCGCCAUAGUGUUUCAACAUGGCGACUGCUAUUUCUUCCGCGCCUACGCCUGCGUCCUUGAUGGAGAAACUUCACCUUAGGGACUCCCAGCAGGACCAAUCGAGCAUUCUCAAAGGCCUCGAGAAGCUGAUCCAGAGUGGCACGUCUCCCAGUAAACCUACCCUGCCCACGCUCGACAAGCUGGGGGUCCGUGAGCUGCCGGGUGACAUUGAUACCAAGCAAAUCGCAACGUCGUGGCUGUUGACCUUCGCGAAAUAUGCCCAGACGGGAGACGUCAACGGCGUGCUGUCUCUGUUCGUCGACGAUGCCUUCUGGAGGGAUCUCCUCGCCAUGACUUGGGAUUUCCGGAUUUUCCAGAGCACGCCGCGUAUCAAGACAUUCCUCGCCGAUCGUCUUGCCCUGUCCAAGCUCUCCUCGUUCGGACUCAACGAGAGUACGGUGGAGCUCAAACAACCGUAUCCCGACCUCGUCUGGAUACAAGCGCUGUUCUCCUUCGACGCUGACGCGGGAAAAGCGUCGGGCGUCGUCCGGCUGGUCCCCGUCCCGAAAUCGGACGGCCAGCUACAAUGGAAAGCGCAUGCAGUUCUGACGAACCUCGAGGAGCUUAAGGGCUUCCCGGAGAAGAUCGGCCUUCUGCGUGACCCGUUGCCCAACCAUGGGAAGUGGUUAGCCAAACGCCAACGCGAGAUUGACUUCGUGGACGAGGAGCCGAAAGUGCUGAUUAUUGGAGGCGGACAGAGCGGCCUGGAGAUUGCUGCCAGGUUGAAGUAUCUUGAUGUUCCUGCCUUGGUCGUCGAGAGGCACCCUAGACUCGGACAUAACUGGAGGACCCGGUACGAGGCGCUUUGCCUCCACGAUCCUGUCUGGUACGACCACAUGCCUUACAUUCCGUUCCCACCUACUUGGCCGGUAUACACCCCAGCGAUGAAGCUCGCAGAUUGGCUAGAAUCCUACGCGCACCACUUGGAGCUCAACGUCUGGACGUCCUCGACAAUCGUAAAGGUAGAGCAAGACGAGGCGACACAGAAGUGGACUGUGGUUGUGCGCCGUGGGGAGAACGGUCCCGAGCGUACGUUUGUGGUCGAUCACCUUAUCUGUGCGCUGGGGUUUGGCGGUGGGGCGCCAAGGAUGCCGAAAUACCCGGGAAUGGAUGAUUUCCAAGGAAAGCUGAUCCACUCUGCGCAUCACAAGUCGGCGAAAGACCAUGUGGGGAAGAAAGUUGUAGUAAUCGGCGCAUGCACAUCCGCUCACGAUAUCUGCGCCGAGCACGUUCAGCAUGGCGUUGAUAUCACAAUGUACCAACGCUCCCCUACUUAUAUCAUGAGCACGAAGAACGGUAUGCCAAAAUUGCUAGGAGAGCUUUACUCUGAAACAGCACCUCCCACCGAAAUCGCGGAUAGAAUCAAUGCGUCCUACCCUAAUCCGCUUAUGAAGCUCAUGCAUCAGAGGGUCACUAAAGACAUAGCCGAGGCUGACAAGGAACUGCUUAACGGUCUGCAGAAACGAGGAUUCAAGCUCGGCUGGGGAGAAGACGGGUCGGGUUUCCUUUACUUGGCCUGGAAACGAGCGGGCGGGUAUUACUUAGAUGUCGGCGCUAGUCAGCUCAUUAUAGACGGGAAGAUCAAGCUGAAGAACGACAGUGAGAUAGAGCGCUUUACGAAGACUGGUAUCAAGUUCGUGGACGGCAGCGAGCUACCUUGCGAUGUCGUUAUCACCGCCACAGGAUAUGAUGAUCCUCGCACCGCUGUCCUGCGGAUCCUAGGCGAUAAAGUGGCCAAUAAGCUCGGUCCAAUCUGGGGUAUUAGCGAGGAAGGCGAGAUCAACGGCGCGUGGCGUGACCUCGGCAUUCCAAACCUGUGGUACAUGAUGGGUAACCUUGCUAUGUGUAGAUUCCAUUCCAAGCAUCUCGCUCUCCAAAUUAAAGCGAAGUUGGAAGGCGUAUGGAAGGGCGACAGAUACAGUGCAUGAAGCUCAGGUCACGUGUUAGAUUCAGAAAGAAAAGCUUUGUAUGAUCAUGUAUACUACGAACGCGAUCUUGUACACUAGGGAUGUAUGUUAGUACGUGACGAGGCUCCGUCGCUCUAUCAAUUUGUACUCUCGAAAGAC